AUGCAUAAUUCACUUCCUAUGCCUCUCCUCUUCGGAUGCAGAUGUCCGUUUGAACUAUCCGGCUCAAGUCGACGAAAAAAUGCAACGCGGGAAACUACAAGCAUGCUUAAAGCUUGGCUGAAUGAGCAUCGCAAAAAUCCGUACCCAACAAAAGGCGAAAAAAUUAUGCUAGCUAUUGUGACGAAAAUGAGUCUCACACAAGUAUCCACGUGGUUUGCAAACGCACGUCGUCGACUGAAAAAGGAGAACAAAGUGACCUGGAAUGUUCGCAAUACGAAUUCGUCCGACGCCGGACGUGAUUCGCAUGGAGAUGAUGAUGAUGAAGACGAGCUUGGCCCAGAGUUCGAUGAUGUUUUGGAUAUGGAAAAAAUGGAUAAUUUACUCAAUGGACAUCAAAAUAUGACCGAAGGAGUACGGAGUCCGUUUGCUCGUCAUCCCUUGACAGUUUAUCAUACAGGACCUCUAUCAAACGCGGAACAUCGAUUACGAACUAAAUGCUCCGCGGCCCCAAGUGGACCAAACACUGCAUCUGAUGGCAAAUUAAAUCCACGACCUCAUCCUUUCCGACCCUAUCUAUCGUCCGAGGAACAGCAAAGUAAAAUCUGGUCCCUGGUUGAGAUGGCUCAUAACCAAGCAUCACGAGAGAUCCGGUCUCAUUCGCCACAUGGUAGCACGGAUUUUAAAACAUUUUCCCUCAACGGAUCACAGCGUUCUUCAGAGACUGUCGAUCAAGAAAAAUAUACCAAUAACUUGUCUAAGGAUGCGUGUCCAAAGUCCCAAUCUCCGUCAUCAAAAGGUGGCAUUCCGAGUGGUCAAUGCAGUAGAAAACUUGGUGGUGGGUUAGACGUGCACAUACCGACCAACCUUGCCCCGAAUUUCCCCACGAGUAUAGCUUCAGAUCCCAAAGGUCUUCCGCUUCUUUCCCCAGCGGCUUUGGCAAUGUUCUGUAUGUAUUAUCAACAACAACAGCAACAGCAGCAGCAACAGCAGCAACAAAAACAUCAACAACCGUCACAGUCAGCACCAAAUCAGCAUAUGAUCAAUUUAGAUCAAGUUGAUCACAUGGCAUUUAAAAACCUAAGCGAUUCAGAUCAACUAAAAACCGGCACUCCUGGACGAUCUAUGUACGACAAAGAUGAUUGUCAAGUACAUCCAACACCUAGCAAUACGCUCUCGCUCAAUCCCCACCGUCCUUUGAAUCGUUGGCCAGUAUUGAACGGAUAUAUGAUCGGACAAAUGACCGGUUCUCAGUCAGACCACUGA